AGCCCGCAGCUCCAUCCGUCCAGCUCCGGUGGGAAGGACGGAGUAGAUCCCUGAGUUGUGGAUCUACCGCUCCGUAUGAAGGACCUAACUCUCAUUCCUGUUGCCCUUUUCACAGUUUUGCUUAUCUGAGGGAUACACGUCGUGAGCCAUGGAUGAUGGGAAGCCAGUGUGGGCGCCCCACCCCACCGACGGGUUCCAGCUGGGCAUGAUCGUUGACAUAGGAGCCGAAACACUCACCAUAGAACCAUUGAACCAGAAGGGCAAGACCUUCCUGGCUCCUAUGAGCCAAGUCUUCCCAGCAGAGGACGAUGUCAGCAAACAUGUGGAGGACAACUGCUCCCUAAUGUAUUUGAAUGAAGCCACUCUCCUCAACAACGUCAGAGUGCGGUACAAUAAAGACCACAUCUACACAUAUGUGGCCAACAUCUUGAUAGCUGUGAACCCUUACUGUGACAUCCCAAAGCUGUACGCCCCUGAGACCCUCAAAUCCUACCGGGGGAAGUCACUGGGCACCCUGCCGCCUCACGUCUACGCCAUUGCGGACAAGGCCUACCGGGACAUGAAGGUUCUCAAGAUGAGCCAGUCCAUCAUAGUUUCUGGUGAAUCUGGAGCCGGAAAAACCGAAAACACUAAGUUUGUUCUCAGAUAUCUGACCACAACUUAUGGAACCGGUCAAGAUAUUGAUGAGAGAAUCGUGGAAGCAAAUCCCCUCCUUGAGGCCUUUGGAAAUGCGAAGACAGUCCGGAAUAACAACAGCAGCCGCUUUGGGAAGUUUGUGGAAAUCCACUUCAAUGAGAAGAAUGCAGUGGUGGGAGGGUUCGUCUCGCAUUACUUGCUUGAGAAGUCGAGGAUCUGCAUGCAGAGUAAGGAAGAGAGGAACUACCACAUCUUCUACAGGCUGUGUGCCGGGGCCUCGGAGGACAUCAAGAAGACAUUACACCUGGACUCCCCAGACAGCUUCAGGUAUCUCAAUCAAGGAUGCACCAGAUACUUUGCCAAUAAGGACUCAGAUAAGCAGAUCAUGCAGAACCGCAAAAGCCCCGAGCAUCUGAAGGCAGGUGCUCUGAAGGACCCUCUCCUUGACGACCAGGGUGACUUCAACAGGAUGUGUGUGGCCAUGAAGAAGAUAGGUCUGGAUGACACGGAGAAGCUGGACCUGUUCAGGGUGGUCGCUGGAGUUCUGCACCUGGGCAACAUUGACUUUGAGGAAACAGGGAGCAGUUCAGGUGGUUGCACCCUGAAGAAUCAGUCCAGCCAGACCCUGGCGUACUGUGCUAAUCUGCUGGGUCUGGAUCAGGAUGACCUGCAGGUCAGCCUCACCACCAGAGUCAUGCUCACUACAGCAGGGGGCGCCAAAGGAACAGUUAUCAAGGUGCCUCUGAAGGUGGAACAAGCAAACAAUGCCCGCGAUGCCCUGGCCAAGGCAGUGUACAGCCGCCUCUUUGAUCAUGUGGUCAAACGAGUAAACCAGUGCUUCCCCUUCGAGACUUCCUCCAACUUCAUCGGGGUGCUUGACAUCGCCGGUUUCGAGUAUUUCGAACAUAACAGCUUUGAGCAGUUCUGUAUCAAUUACUGCAAUGAGAAACUGCAGCAGUUCUUCAACGAGCGCAUUCUGAAGGAGGAGCAAGAGCUGUAUCAAAAGGAGGGAUUAGGAGUAAAUGAGGUCCAUUAUGUUGACAACCAGGACUGCAUAGACCUAGUGGAAGCAAAGGUGGUGGGAAUCCUGGACAUUUUAGAUGAAGAGAACCGUCUACCUCAGACCAGCGACCAGCACUUUGCCCUGGCUGUUCACAGCAAGCAUAAAGACCACUUCAGACUGACGGUUCCCAGAAAGUCUAAGUUGGCCAUUCACAGAAACAUCCGGGAUGACGAGGGCUUUAUAAUUAGGCACUUUGCUGGAGCAGUGUGCUAUGAAACGGCCCAGUUCGUGGAGAAAAAUAAUGAUGCCCUGCACAUGUCCCUGGAGAGCCUAGUGUGCGAGUCGAAGGACAAGUUUGUUCGAGAGCUGUUUGAGAACUCGAACACCACCAAGGAUUCCAAACAGAAAGCAGGCAAACUCAGCUUCAUCAGCGUUGGCAACAAAUUCAAGACCCAGCUGAACCUUUUGCUUGAGAAGCUUCGCAGCACCGGGUCAAGUUUCAUCCGCUGUGUUAAGCCCAACCUGAAGAUGGUCAGCCACCAGUUUGAAGGAGCUCAGAUUCUCUCUCAGCUGCAGUGCUCAGGCAUGGUGUCGGUGUUGGACCUGAUGCAGGGGGGCUUCCCCUCCAGAGCCCUCUUCCACGAGCUCUACAACAUGUACAAAAAGUACAUGCCUGAUAAGCUCACACGACUCGAUCCAAGGCUCUUUUGUAAGGCUUUGUUCAAAGCCCUGGGACUGAAUGACAAUGAAUACAAGUUUGGCCUGACCAGAGUGUUCUUCCGCCCCGGAAAGUUUGCAGAGUUUGACCAGAUCAUGAAGUCGGACCCAGAGCACCUGGCACAGCUGGUGCAGAAGGUCCACAAAUGGUUGGUGUGCAGCCGCUGGAAGAAGGUCCAGUGGUGCUCGCUGUCUGUCAUCAAACUAAGGAACAAGAUGAGUUAUAGAGCUCAGGCCUGUGUUAAGAUUCAGAAAUCUGUCCGGAUGUGGCUUUGUAAGAAGAAGCAUAAGCCACGCAUCGACGGUAUGGUGAAGGUGCGCAACCUAAAGAAAAGGAUGGAGCGGUUCAACGAGGUGGUGAACGGGCUGAAAGAGGGCAAGCAGGAGAUGGCCAAGCAGGUCCAGGAGCUGGCCGCCUCCAUAGACUCUCUCCUGGCCAAGAUUAAGGCGACGGUGAUGACCUGGAAGGAGAUUGACACGGAGUACCAGGGCCUGGUGAAGCGCUCAGAGCAGCUGCUCUCCUCAAUGCAGAAGAAGAAACAGGAGGAGGAAGAGCGGGAGAGGCUGAAGCACAUAGAGGAGGAGAUGGAGCGAGAGAGGAAGAGGAGGGAGAAGGAGGAACAACGACGCAAGCAGGAGGAAGAGGACAGAAGGCUGAAAGCAGAGAUGGAGCUGAAGAGGAAGCAGGAGGAGGAGGAGAGGAAAAGGAGGGAGAAGGAAGAGAAGAUGUUGCAGGCGGAGUUGGAGGUCCAGCUGGCUCUGGAGCGUGAGGAGCAGGCCCAGCGCUCCGCCAUAUUGGAGCAGGAGAGGAGAGACAGGGAGCUGGCCAUGAGAAUCGCUCAGAGCGAGGCGGAGCUUAUCACCGAGGAGGGUCAGAUGGAUGCUGGCCUGCGCAGCGAUGAGCAUGUCUUAGGUCUCCCUAUCUCCUCAGCCUCAGCCAGAGCCAUAGGUCCUCAGGUGCAGGCAACCAAAGCUGCUGCUGGUGUGAAAAAGUAUGACCUCAGCAAGUGGAAGUACGCUGAGCUGCGAGAUGUCAUCAACACGUCCUGCGAUAUUGAGCUGCUGGCGGCCUGCAGAGAGGAGUUCCACCGCCGUCUGAAGGUCUACCACGCGUGGAAGUCCAAGAACAAGAAACGCAAUGACGAUGGAAGUGAUCAGAGGGCUCCGAAAUCUGUCACAGACUAUGCUGAACAGAACCCAGCUCCUGCGAUGACUGCCCAACAUCAGGAAGUGGCCAUGAACCGCCAGCAGCGCUACUUCCGCAUCCCGUUCAUCCGACCCGCCGACCAGUACAAGGACCCCCAGAAUAAAAAAAAGGGGUGGUGGUACGCCCACUUCGAUGGGCCCUGGAUAGCCAGACAGAUGGAGCUCCACCCAGACAAGCGCCCCAUUGUGCUUGUGGCAGGCAAAGAUGAUAUGGAGAUGUGUGAGCUGAGUCUGGAGGAGACGGGCCUGACUAGGAAGAGGGGGGCAGAGAUCCUACCAAGACAGUUUGAGGAAAUUUGGGAACGCUGUGACGGUAUCCAGUACCUGAGGAACGCCAUUGAGAACAAGCAGGCCCGCCCGACCUACGCUACUGCCAUGCUGCAGAGUCUCCUCAAGUGAAACUGAGGGCUCAGCCUGCAUCCUGACAUAUAACUGGCAUACACACACACACACACACACACACACACACACACACACACACACACACACACACACACUUACUCGGAAACAUAUAGACAAGCAUACACAGGUAUAUACACACAGGUGCACACAUACAUACAAAGGCAGUUCAUACAGUAGAGUGUGCCUGUGGUUUGUAGGAUGGGAAAGAAGCAAUCAAAGGGAAAGGCACUUCCUAUACAGUCUCACUACAGACACUCCAUGUUUUGUUCUUUGAAUUAUUUCAACUUUUACAUACCUGUAUGUCUUUUAUCUUGAUUUUUUAUUAUUAUUAUUAUUAUUACUUGUUUUUAUUUUGCUGUGCAACACCUUAUCGGUGGAAAGUUAGAAUCUGCAUUUACUCUUAAUCUCUACUUGAAUGAUAUAUCCCACACUGAGGCCUUAAAAUUGCAAUACUGCUGCACUACCCCAAGAGAGUCUCAACUUUGUGUAGUCCAUCUAGCUGUUAAAUCAAAUCCUUAAUGGACUGGAAUAGGUACAAAGUAUUUUAAUUUUAGAGGAACAAAACUUUUAGUGGUGCUUUUGGAAACCGUGUGGAAUAAUCUUGGUCUUUUUCAAGUUGUGUUUUAUGGUCUUUUGGGUAUUUAGAAUGUAAUUGCUAUUCAGUACUACAUCUUAGAUGAUUUAAAUGUGCAUUGUCCACAUGUAUCUUGCAGAUCAUGUGGAAUCGAGAGAAAUAAAUCAUGAGCUAGCAUUUUUCUUGAGUUGUCAGUACACUACUUAAAGGUUAGUUUUAUCAUGCUUUCACAAUAGAAGAGCAUGCAUUGCAGAGGCAGUGACUAAAUAAUAUUAGAUGUAUUUUGAUGUUACCCACUCAACCUAUGACAUGACACAUGCAUCAAAUGAUACAGAAAUCCUGUGCAGCAUUUCUUCUUUUUGAUUACUGCACACAAAAUAAAAUAGUGUCAGAAUGUAUUUUCGCCACAAGAAUGCACUUUUUAAGAAAGGUGAGUACAUUCAAAGCAGUGCUGGAUUGAUUUGCAUCUCAGUUUUGUCUUUCCAUCCAUCCAUCCAUCCAUUUUCUUGCUGCUAAUCCAGGUUAGGGUCACGGUGGCACCACAGAAAGUUUUGUCUUAUUCAGAGAAAAUGAAUGCACUCUCUGUAAACAGCUGGCAUUAAUGGAAAAUGAAACCUUAACUUUUUUUUAUUAUUCUUUUGAUAAGAGGGGAAUGUAGAAGUUUGUUAUCAACACUGUGUUUGCUGGCUUGAGGGUUUGGGUCGUUUUACAGACAGCAAGUUAAUUUUUGUGUGUGACAGCGUGUUUUUUUUUUUUCUCACAAUAUGUUGAUGAGUACUUGACCCCCCCGACCCCUCUUUGUGUCUUAAGUGCUGGACCAUGUCAGUCAUCUCAUUGUUUGUAUUAUGACAAUCAUAGUCAUAUCUCAUACUCAUUUAGUGAAAGAUUGAUGACUACAACUGAUGAUUUCAUAUGUUUCCUCUUUAAUCUUCUAUUGUAUAUUGGUCCUUGCACUGGAAUACAGUAGAAAAUAAAUGUAUGCCACCAUA